CUCACAAGGGUCAGAAAAUGACGCUCCCUCUUUGUGCUCACUACGCUCGUCUGUGCACGGUAGGUGGGACCAGGCGUUUCAGUACGCUAUUCGUCACCAACACAACCCGGAGAACGUAGCCUAAUGGCGUUUCGCUCAGACACCACCUAUUGUGUGUGAGAUGUAACUACGUCUGAAGGUUGUGACAGAGAUAUGUGGAAAGUCCCUAACACUGGAAAUCCCCUUUAGUCAGUUUUUUUUUCUCUGUCUACAUUAACUAAAUUAAGUUGGGGGACGUGAUCUAUGCUUUGACGGUCUAUACAGUGAAUCAACCAAAAUAGAAUUGAUUGUGCAGAAAGCUGAAUGGCGUUGUGUGGACUGCUGCGGUUAACCUGAUUGAAGUGGCAGAGGACUACCCGGAGCAUCCUUAGGCUUUGUUGGUAGUCUUUGUACCGACAUAUUGCACAGUUCUGCGUUUGUACACAUUACAUCUGGUGAACACCAUGUCCCAGGGACAGAAUUUCCUGCCCAAGUUCCUCUUUGUGAGUAACCUGCUGAAAGCGGUCAAGAUCCGGGAGCGGGUGCCUAACGAUGUGGUGAAGCCAGCGGCCAGCGGAGGCCUGAUGCACCACCUGCGGGGAAUGCACCGCUACACCCUGGAGAUGAUCCGCAUGAGCCAGUUCCCCCAGGCCUUCCAACAGGUCAUCCAGGCAGCCAUCUUGGACAGGGCCAUGCAGAGCUCCCUAGAGCAGGAGAAGAAGCUCAACUGGUGCCGCGAGGUCAAGAAGAUGGUGCCAUUGAGAACCAAUGGAGAUGGGAACUGUCUUCUCCAUGCUGCCUCUCAGUACAUGCUGGGGGUGCAGGACACAGACCUGGUCCUGAGGAAGGCCCUGUUCAGCGUGCUAAAGGAGACAGACACGGGCAACUUCAGAGCCCGUUUCCAGACUGAGCUGCUGCAGUCUCAGGAGUUCACCCAGACUGGCCUGCGUUACAGCACCAUGAAUUGGGAGGAGGAAUGGGAGAAGAUCAUCAAGAUGGCAUCACCUGUAUCCAGCAGCAACGGGCUGCAGUUUGACUCCCUGGAAGACAUACACAUCUUUGUCCUCUCAAACAUCCUCCGCAGGCCCAUCAUCGUCAUCGCAGACCAGGUGCUACGUAGCAUGAAAUCCUGCUCCUCCUUCUCUCCCCUCAAUGUGGGGGGCAUCUACCUGCCUUUACACUGGCCUCCAGGGGAGUGCUACAAAUACCCCAUAGUGCUCGGCUACGACUCCCAGCACUUUGCCCCCCUCAUCACCAUCAAAGACAGUGGCCCGGAGAUCCGAGCGGUGCCGCUGAUCAACCCGGGUCGUGGGGGCUUCGAGGAGCUCAAGGUGCACUUCCUGAUGGAGAAGGAGCAGACGCAGAAGGAGAGGCUGCUGAAGGACUAUCUGAUGCUGAUUGAAAUCCCUGUCAUUGGACUGGGCUAUGACACCACACGCAUCAUCAACGCUGCCAGGUUGGAUGAAGGGAACCUGCCUGAGGACAUGAACCUGAUGGAGGACUACCUCCAGUUGGUCAACCACGAGUACAAGCGCUGGCAGGAAGACAAGGACCAACUGUGGGCCGCCCAGCCCCAUAGACCACCCCCCUUCUCCGUGUCCCAGCUGUCCCUUAUCGAGAUCCGCUGUGCCACACCACGAUGCACCUUCUACGUCUCCGUGGACACCCAGCCACACUGCCACGAGUGCUUUGAGAAACGCCAGGGCCAGCCUAACGGGAGGAUAGAGGCCGCUCCUACGAAAGGCGGUGGUCAGGCUUGUGAGCCAGAGUGUAGUAGUGGCUGCCGGGCAGUGUUAUCCAGCCCACGUUCCGUCCCUCCCCCACCCACGGCGCCCAGCCUCAGCCUGUACAGCGAGACCCACGCCAUGAAGUGCAAGACACCCGGCUGCCUUUUCACCCUCAGCGUGGAGCACGAUGGUCUGUGUGAACGCUGCUUCAACACCCGGCAGAAUGCACCCACUGCUGAUGGCCCCUCGGGCCUCCCCCUGCCUGCCCACCUCGGCUGGCCCCAGUGGGGCGCGGGACGGGAGCAGGAGACAGAGCGGUGCAACGUGUGCCACCAGAAGGCCUUCAGGAUAUUUAACGGACUGUGCCCCCCAUGCCUCCAGAGGACCGCUACGGAGAGGGGCGAGGAUCCCCAGCCACCGGCAGCAGCCAGGAUAGAGGCCUCCUCUGGGUCGUUAUGGACCCAGCCCCAGCCAAGGGACUCUGAGCGCUCAGGCACCUCGGCUCUCAACGGCCACACGUCUGGCCGGCCCUGUAAGAGGUCGGGAUGCCAGUUCUUCGGGACUCAACAGAAUCUUGGAUUCUGCACCAUCUGUUACCUGGACUAUCAGACCAACCACCUGGCGACCCCUCAUCCUCCCCCUGCUCCAAUCCAGAGUCGUCACGCGUCAGAGGCAGGUUUCCAGGAUGCUUCGCGCUGUCGGGGCCCGGACUGUGGGGCCAUGGGCAAGGUCAUGCUGGAGGGUUACUGCAACAAGUGCUACGUAAAGGAGCAGAGCACCAGGCUCAACCAGGCUGCUACCAGGGCUCCCGGCACCCACUCCCCUCCACUGGUCAUGCGAACAGCUAAACCAGAAAGAGACAGAACCAGACAGACGCAGACCCAGACCCAGACCCAGGCAACGUGUAGGCGGAGUGGCUGCAGUAACAUCUCCCCCGGCUGCACAGACCUGUGUCCAGAGUGCCACACGCGAAACACGCGGGGGCAGAGAGAGAGUCGCAGGGAGAGGGCAGGGGCACCUAAAGAGAAGACAAAGCAGCGCUGUAAAACCCUAGGCUGUGAGCACUAUGCUAACCAAGAGAAGCAAGGCUACUGUAAUGAAUGUGACCUCUUUAAGCAGAUCUACAGGGGGUGAGCCCAAAGGUUUGGGGAAGAUUAAAAUGGCCGUGCCACGAUGCUAGUCAAUGCAUCUCUGAAACUAGUGACCUUACAGCCAAAAGCCCAUUUUAAAAUGUGUUCAUGAAGAGCGGGGGCAGUAGAAAUGGCCGGCAGAAUACCUCUUAGUGCAAUUAUUAUUAUCUCACGUGUACAGGACGAGAGGUGAGGUAUACGUGUCAUAAAACUGACAACAUAUGUACAGUAUGUAUCUAAGUACAUACUGUAUCAUGCUGGACUACUGAUUGUAUCUUGAAAAAAGCGCAAUGUGUAAACUGCUUAAUAAUACGGCCAAGGAAUUAUCUAUGAAGCAGCUAGCUACCUACACAAUAAUGUGAUAAACCACAGCUUUUGUUUAAGAACCUCAUUGACCAAAGUUCUGACAAGUGCAAAGCUGUGCCAAAGCCAUCAUGCACUGCCAAAAUGAGUUUGUUUAGUCAAAAUUCGGUGUUAAACAGGAGUAGUUACAGUCUCAAAAACUGCACCUACCUAGACAGCUAAUGUACAGUCUCUGAGCAUUUGCGAGUGGGCAGGACCCUUAAAAGUAUGGUGCUACUUGUACAGAAAGCAAACAUGGAGGUUCUGUGACAUGACAGAGAAAACAGUAGUUAGAACUCAAUAAUAUUCAACCUCUCCCACCGCCGCAUAGAUGUCUGCUGGCAGUACAGAUGCUGUUGCCUUUUGUGGUUGUGUUCUUGUUUGCUGUUGACCACUUUUGUAUCUGUACUGUAGAAAUACAAGUUAAUGCUUGCCCUGAGAGUUGUACCGCGUUACAGUAUGUUCUAUAUGUGGCCUCUGUUAAUGCUGGGCAAUUACCUUCACACAGACUCCAAGUUAAUGACUAACUUACAGAGAAAGAUAAGAGCAGAGUUCAGUUGAUCUCGUCCAAGGGGAUUGCCAGUGAAGAAAGGAGUGUGUGUUUGAAAGGAAAGGAAAGAAAACAUAAGUGCAGGAGAAAUCCCCUUAGAGCUCAAUACCUCAGUCAGAGGAGGGAGGCCAAGAGAAGGUAAACAAAUACACCUGUGGGGGAAAAAAUGAAAGAGAAACACACCCCCUUGGCUUGGUUCACACCAUGUAGCUGUGGCAUGGCAGCCAGUGCUCUUAGCUACCAUGAGCUGGUAGGCCCCAGCCUGCAGUAAAAUACCUCUCCACCUGUAGAACCUGGCUUGCAGUAGAGUACCUCUUCAUCAUAGGGGCUCUGCUGAAAUCUGCUCUGCUCACACGAUGCCUCACUCCAGUACUCACACCUGUGUGAUAUGCGCAAGCAAACUGACAUUCCUUUUCUUCUUUUAUAUCUAUAUAUUUGAACUGACAUUUUUGUUCCUGCCAAAAAACGUGCCAUCAUCUACAAAGCAUUCUCGUGACCUCUUAACCAACGCAACGAUGAAACAAAAGAACGUCUGUUCAAUAUGCAUAUCUGACGUCUGUUAAAAAAUGAGAUUUAUGGUAGCCUAGAUAGAGAUCUGGUCUUUAAUCAGAUGAUAAACAUAAUAUAAUAUAAGGGCAAUUAGUUGUCAGUUCAUUACGAGACAUCAAAGGAGUACAUGCUCUUUGGUUAUGGGUCGGAACUCUGAUCAUCACAUACUACUUGCACAAUACUUAAUAAGCUGCUCCGGAAUUUAGGAUGGUACUUUCCUUGACAUGCAUAGGGACAUUCCAAUGUUAGACGUAAACACGCAAAGUUGUAACAAAACAUGCAAAAGUUGUGAGAUACAUUUUUGUGUAACCUUUCAAUAAUAGGGUAUUGUAUGAAAAGCUUUGUUUUGUUUGUUAAGUAUUUAUUCAUAACAAAUAUUAUCUGUAUUGUGCGUUUCAAUACUUAUUUAUAUGUUGUCCUGAAAUGAAUUAUUUUUAUUAAGAAAA